CUUUGCCUUAACCUGGCCCUUUGCUUGACGUCUUAACCGCUUCGGACCUGGCGACAUGGCUUUGGCACCGGGCCCACAGAUGACGCUGUACCACACCGUGUCCGCCCGCUCCUUUCGAGUUCUUUGGACGCUGCAUGAGAUGGGCAUUUCCGACAAGUGCAAGCUCAUCACUAUGCCGUUCCCUCCGCGUGUUUUCGUGCGCGAGUUCCUGAAAGUGAACGUCCUGGGAACCAUUCCGUACUUCAUCGACGACGGCGGCAAGGUGAAGAUGACGGAGUCCUGCGCCAUUCCAAAGUACUUGGUGGAGAGAUACGGCCCCACACCACUGCAAGUGAAGCCACAUGAGCCAGAGUGGCCUGACUACAUCAACUGGAUCGCACAUGCGGAUGCUACGCUGACCUUUCCACAGACUGUGGUUCUGCGCUACACCUUGCAGGAGAAGGGCCGUGCAGAUUCGGCGGCGGAGGACUAUGGGAAGUGGUACAUUUCCAGACUGCGACUUUUGGACAACACCCUCGCCGACGGCAGGGAGUUCCUUUGUGCCGGCAGAUUUACGCUGGCAGAUAUCUGUGUGGUCUUCGCACUGGAUUUGGGCGUGACCUUCGGAUUCGAUAAGAAGUACAAGCCGCAGACGGCCAGCUACUUGCAGCGCAUGCGCACCCGUCCUGCCUUCGCAGCAGCCAUGGAGCACCAAGCAGAGAGCGCUCAUGAAUUCAAAGAGCAGGCCAAACUUUGAUAUCAACCCUCCAACCUGACGGGCUUAGCCUCGCGGCGAGCGAGUGUGCCUUGCAGUGGAAUGAUGUUUUACAGCUGGAUGUCUUUUAGCAUUCUUUAUUUGCAGCUCGAGCACGAAGUGGGGCCAGUGACAGUGGCUGGCAAAAGUGCAAGCAGCCACAUCACUGGAAAGGGUUUAUCUAUUUGGGGAUGCACCACAGGGUGCAUUGAAGUCUGUUCUGAUUUAAAUUGAAGCAUAGGUUCUCUGCUUUGGAGCAAAAAGUGCAAAGCAAGUGCGCUGCCUGUCAUUCCAGUGACAGCGAUUUGUUAAAGGCGCCCGGCUUUGCUGGGAUCUGUUGGGCCACGGGGUAAUGAAACCAAUUUGCUGCUACGCACACGCU